AUGCCCGGCCUCUCGCCCGGCGCCGGAGUCGCGCUGGGCAUCAUCGUCGGCCUCAUCUCGACAUGCGUGCAAUCUAUUGGUCUCACCUUGCAGCGCAAAUCGCACAUGCUCGAAGAUGAGAAGGAGGAUUCCGGCUUGCGACGCCCGCCCUACCGCAGACGGCGGUGGCAGAUUGGAAUGUCGCUCUUCCUCCUCGCCAACAUCAUCGGCAGCAGUAUCCAGAUCACCACCCUCCCUUUACCGCUCUUGAGCACGCUACAAGCCAGCGGGCUGGUGUUCAACUCCUUGCUUGCGACGCUGUUGCUGAAAGAGCCGUGGACGAGGAGGACUGCAUAUGGAACGAUUCUGGUGGCGGGAGGAGCGGUGUUGAUCAGCUUCUUCUCGGCGCUACCGGAGCCCAGUCAUAGCCUGACACAACUGCUCGUACUGCUGCACGAAACCAGCUUCCUGGUCUGGUUCAUCUUGUCAAUGGUCUUUGCAGGCGGGGUACUGGUGACGGACUUCAUCUUGCGCAAAUGCGUGUCCGCGGCGGUCCGAGAUCGCCCGAGGGUUCAGUUGAUACGAGGCAUGAGCUAUGGGCUGCUCUCCGGAAUACUGUCUGCACACGCACUUCUACUGGCGAAGAGCGCCGUGGAACUUAUCGUGCGCAGUCUGACGGAUAACGUCAACCAAUUCCGAGGCUACCAAUCCUGGCUGCUCCUUCUCGCAUUCCUCGUGCUGGCCCUAUCCCAACUCUACUAUCUCCACCUCGGCCUCAAGCUCAUCUCAACCAGCAUCCUCUACCCCUUUGUGUUCUGCAUUUACAACAUCGUCGCCAUCCUCGAUGGCCUGAUUUACUUUCGACAAAUGGACCGACUACCGCCUCUCCACGCAGGCCUCAUCGCUCUCGGAACGGUCAUUCUUCUGUCAGGUGUUCUUGCAUUGAGCUGGAGAUUGCAAGAUGAUGAAGAUGGAGACAAAGCACAAAUGACGCAAGCCGAGAUCCCGCAGACGCUGCUCACCCCCGGCUUGGGAUUUGCUGCAGACCCUGAUGAUGGCGCAAGCGAAUCGAUCGUGCCUAGCGAUGCCGACGACGAAGAGAGUGAUACAGAGCGCAGCAGACUGUUGAGCAAACGACCGCAAAGCCGGACAUCUAACAGGAGAGUCAGUGGAAGAGUAGGACGAAAGCGCGCCUCGACGCUCAAAGAAGUGUCGCAGAUCUGGCAUGAGCUCGUUGAUGAGGAUGACGAAGGAUACAACACCACCGGUCGACAGCGGCAAAGACGACAUCGCCGAAUGAGCGCGGGGAGGAGUUUGGAGGCUGGGUCAGGGGAGGAGGGCAGCUCGGAUGGGCCUCCUUUGCGAUCUCGCACCGUGCCUGCGCCCGCUCUAAACCCGGAUCUGGCGCGGAGGCGGAGGAGUGGUCAUGAGGGGAAUGCGCUGUUUUCGGAGCUUUGGAAGGAGUGGUGGAGGGCGCGGCGGAAGGAUGAUCGAGAUGGCGAUGAGGAGGACGAGGACGGAGAUUCAGGUCGACCUUCUGCGGCCAAUGGACGACCGACUAAUGAGACCAGAAGGAGGAGCAGCAAUUGAAUUGAGUACAGGGAUCAAACACAUCAUGAACCUGAAUCUAUACAUUGCUCUGAAAACGUUUUCGAUCAUCGCAUUGGCUGGACAUAACGAAAAGUGCAUUUCGCGUUUGGGAGAGCGAGUGUGCAUGUGAUCGACGAGUUCAUCGUUCCUUCCUUGUUUGUCGUUUGUUGACUGAACACAUUCACCCCUAGGCGCCUCACCCACCUUGCCCUAGUUUCCUG